UCCUCCUCCUCCUCCCAGCACCUCCGUCACGUUGCGCGGCUCCGACUCUUCUUCCACCCGGAGCCGCAGCGGGACGCAGAGCCGCGGGUUGAACCUCCAGAGAGGAGCGACAUGUUCAUCUGAAGGUUCGUUUCCAUGGAAGAGCAGAGACCGACCCGGACAGCAGAGCGCGUCCUCAGCCGCCGCUGCGCCGCCUCGGACUGACAUGUGAAGCCGGAAGGUGGAUGCGAGCAGGUGGAGGAGCAGGUAAAGGGCUUGUUGGUGAUGCUGCUCUGUUUGCCGUGAUGGUGGGUAAGAGAGCCAUGCGGCGCCUCCUGCUGGCCGGCGGCCUGCUGCUGGUCCUGGCCGGCUCCGCCUCCGGCUGCCCCGCGCGGUGCGAGUGCUCUGCCCAGACCAAGUCGGUCAGCUGCCACCGCAAGCGGCUGGCCAGCAUCCCGGAGGGCGUCCCCAUUGAGACGCGCGCCCUGGACCUCAGCAAGAACAAGCUGCGCCUCAUCAACUUCUACAACUUCUCGUCGUUCCUGCAGCUGGAGGACCUGGACCUCAGCGACAACACCAUCAGCGUCGCUGAGCCCGGCUGCUUCCACUCCAACGUGGCGCUGCGCUCGCUCAACCUGCGCAGCAACCAGCUCAUGCUGGUGGCGAAGGGCGUGCUGGCGGGCCUGACCAACCUCACGUUCCUGGACCUGAGUCACAACCGGCUGGUGGUUCUGCUGGACCACGCCUUCCAGGACCUGCACCGGCUGACCUUCCUGGAGGUCAGCAACAACCAGCUGGUGUUCAUCUCCCAGCGCGCCUUCACGGGGCUGCUGGGCAUCCAGACUCUGACCCUGGAGCGCUCCAACCUCACUGUGGUUCCCACCGACGCUUUGGCCCACCUGCACAACCUGCUGGAGCUGCGCAUGCGCUUUCUGAGCAUCAGCUUCCUCAAGCCUUUCUCCUUCAAGCGGCUGACUCGCCUGCGCCACCUGGAGGUGGAUUCCUGGCCCCUGCUGGAGAGCCUGCCGCCACUGUCGCUGCACGGUCUCAACCUGACCUCCCUGUUCAUCACCAACACCAACCUGUCUGCCUUUCCUGGAGCGGCGCUGCGCAACCUGCCCUACCUCACGCACCUCAACCUGUCCUACUGCCGCAUCCAGCACAUCCAGCAGGGGGAGCUGGGCCCUCUGCCGCAGCUGCUGGAGCUCCGCCUCCAGGGGGCGCAGCUGCUCUCCAUCGAGCCCCUGGCCUUUGCGGGCCUGAAGUCCCUCCAGCUGCUGGAUGUGUCCCAGAACCGGCUGGACUCUCUGGAGAGGGCCGUGUUCGCCUCGGCGGACUCCCUGCAGCGGCUCUGCCUGGGCGGCAACCCGCUGGUGUGCGAUUGCCGGUUGCUCUGGUUGCUCAGCAGCCACAAGCCGGCUUCACUGCAGAUCCUGGACCUGCAGCCGGAGUGCAGCGCGCCGCAGCACCUUCUGGGCAAAUCCUUGCGGGACCUCAAGGAGCCGCUGGUGUCGAGGUACAUGACCUGCACCAAGCCGCGGGUCGGCCCCAACGCCACGCAGCUGCUGAUGGCCGACGAGGGCCAGCCGGCGCGGCUGAGCUGCACGGCGGAGGGAGCGCCGCGGCCCUCGGUGGUCUGGAUCACGCCGCACAGACGCUACGUCACGGCCAAGAGCAGCGGCCGCGUGGAGGUCCAACCGGACGGCAGCCUGGAGAUCAAGGCGGCGGAGCUGCAUGACAGCGGCGUGUACCUGUGCAUCGCCAGCAACCCGGCGGGCAACGCCAGCCUGUCCGCGUCCCUGGCCGUGAAGAGCCUGGGAACCGGCGACAGGCUCCACUACAGCAACCGCAGCUCUGGCUCCCUGACGGAGCCCAACGGCACCUGGGGCAACGGCACGGUGCUGUACAACAUGACGGUCCCCAUCGACAUGAAGACCAUCCUGAUCUCCGCCGCCAUGGGCUGCCUGUCCUUCCUGGGCGUUGUGGUGUUCUGCUUCCUGCUGCUGUUCGCCUGGAGCCGCGGCAAAGGCCGACACAGGAACAACUUCGACAUCGAGUACGUCCCCCGGAAGUCCAACGGCGGCGGUGCGGACGUGGCGGAGACCAGCGGCCCGCGGCGCGUCAACAUGAAGAUGAUCUGACGGACGCUGCGGCUUCCGCCGGAAAACAAAAUGUCUGUUCGUUUUUAAUGACAAAGUGGAUUUGUGACAAACGGAAGUGAUGUUUAGUGGCUGUGGGUCUGACGGUGGUCUAGUGAUCAGUGGACUUGUGAUUUAUGAUGUUCAUGAUGUACUCGAUAUAAAUCUAUAACCGACAUAUCAAUAUGGGACUGGCAUCGCGCUGCGACCGACUCACUGACGGGAUGAGUGACGACGUGGCAUCACAGACCGCAGCGUCACGACCGAACCGAACCGAACCGACCCAUCUCAGCUGCAGCCUGAAAGGCGCGCGUGUGUGUGUGUGUGUGUGUAUUUCUUUGUGCAUGUGCACGCAUUGCCUUUCUCGUGCGGUGGAGACUAAACGUUGAGGUCCAAAGUGUUUCUUUCUUUCUCGGGUUUUUCUACCGGAAGCAGGUGUUUGUAUGCAAACCCGCAAAUGAGUCUCUACUGAAAUGCUGCAGAAACUUAGAUCAGCCCCUCAUCACAUCCCCUGAACAAGACCACUCUGGUUGUCUAGACUGGAAAAGGCGUUUCAGGAAAACAGGUCUGCUGCUCCUCUGCACAGAAACGGAAAGACGGAAAGUCAUGUUGAAUUUUAUAUCAUUAUAAAUCAAAGGGAGAAAAAUUCCUAGAUAUGAAAGAGACGGUGGCAAAGAUUUACAGCCACCACCUUCCAGUCUGCAGACAGAUCAAACUGCCAGGGGGCAGUAAGGAGGUCUGGAGGCAGUAAGGAGUUCUGGGGGCAAUAAGGAGGUCUGGAGGCAGUAAGGAGUUCUGGGGGCAAUAAGGAGGUCUGGAGGCAGUAAGGAGGUCUGGAGGCAGUAAGGAGUUCUGGGGGCAAUAAGGAGGUCUGGAGGCAGUAAGGAGGUCUGGGGCAAUAAGGAGUUCUGUGGGCAGUAAGGAGGUCUGGGGCAAUAAGGAGUUCUGUGGGCAGUAAGGAGGUCUGGGGGCAGUAAGGAGUUCUGGAGGCAGUAAGGAGGUCUGGGGGCAAUAAGGAGUUCUGGGGCAAUAAGGAGGUCUGGGGCAGUAAGGAGUUCUGGAGGCAGUAAGGAGUUCUGGAGGCAGUAAGGAGGUCUGGGGCAGUAAGGAGGUCUGGAGGCAGUAAGGAGGUCUGGGGCAGUAAGGAGGUCUGGGGCAGUAAGGAGGUCUUGGUCUUUCAUAAAUGGCCGUUUUGAAUGUUGUAGUUUCUCGUUCUCUUUAGUUUUGUUCAGAUUUUUGUUGACGAUGUUUUAAAUGUUUACGAUGGGAAAAUAAAUAAUUAACCCUGAAGGGCAACUAUUUGUAAAGGGGGUGUGGGAGGGGCAAUUGGGGUUUGGGGGAUAUUUGUGUGAUCCUGUUGUGAUAAAAUGUUCCAGCUUGUAUAAUCGUUU